AUGCCGGGGAUCAAGGGUGCCAAGGAUCAGGGGUGCCAGGGAGCCUGGCGUGCCAGGGGUGACUUCUGCGAUGUAAACCACUGUCAGAAUGGGGGCACUUGCCUGACGGGGAUUAAUGAGACCCCCUUCUUCUGCAUCUGCCCAGAGGGCUAUGUUGGGAUUGACUGCAACGAGACGGAGAAAGGCCCAUGCCACCCCAAUCCUUGCCACAACAACGGCGAGUGCCAGCUGGUCCCGAACCGGGGGGAUGUCUUCACCGACUACAUCUGCAAGUGCCCCGCGGGGUAUGAUGGGGUGCACUGCCAGAACAACAAGAACGAGUGCUACUCCCAGCCUUGCAAAAACGGAGGCACCUGCCUGGACCUGGAUGGUGACUACGCCUGCAAGUGCCCUUCUCCAUUCUUGGGGAAGACCUGCCACGUCCGCUGUGCUGUUCUCCUCGGCAUGGAAGGAGGAGCCAUCUCUGAUGCCCAGCUUUCGGCAUCCUCUGUCCAUUAUGGCUUCCUUGGCCUCCAGCGCUGGGGGCCAGAGCUCGCGCGCCUCAACAACCACGGCAUUGUCAACGCCUGGACCUCCAGCAACUACGACAAGAGCCCCUGGAUCCAGGCCAACCUGCUGCGGAAGAUGCGGCUGAGCGGGAUCAUCACGCAGGGCGCUCGCCGCGUCGGCCAGCCGGAGUAUGUCCGCGCCUACAAAGUCGCCUACAGCCUGGAUGGGCGACAGUUCACCUUCUACAAGGACGAGAAGCAGGACGCAGACAAGGUUUUCCAGGGGAACGUGGACUACGGCACCAUGCAGACCAACAUGUUCAACCCGCCCAUCACUGCCCAGUUCAUCCGCAUCUACCCCGUGAUGUGCCGCCGUGCCUGCACGCUGCGCUUUGAACUCAUCGGCUGCGAGAUGAACGUGUAUUUCAACACGGCAGGUUGCUCGGAGCCUCUGGGCAUGAAAUCCCGCCUGAUCUCCGACCAGCAGAUCUCAGCCUCCAGUGUCUUCAAGACCUGGGGCAUCGACGCCUUUACCUGGCACCCCCAUUACGCUCGCCUGGACAAGACGGGCAAAACCAACGCCUGGACGGCGCUCCACAACGGCCAGUCCGAGUGGCUGCAGAUUGACCUCCGGGACCAGAAGAAGGUGACUGGCAUCAUCACGCAAGGAGCCCGUGACUUUGGGCACAUCCAGUACGUGGCAGCCUACAAAGUGGCCUACAGUGACAAUGGCACGUCCUGGACCCUCUACCACGACGGCCAGACAAACAGCACCAAGAUCUUCCAUGGUAACAGCGACAACUACUCGCACAAGAAGAACGUGUUCGACGUGCCCUUCUAUGCCCGCUUCGUCCGCAUCCUGCCCGUGGCCUGGCACAACCGCAUCACCCUGCGCGUGGAGCUGCUGGGCUGCGACGAGUAGGCGCCCAGGGAGAAG